AUGGAUCCCUUUGAGAGUAUUGAUCAUAUAGAAGAUGAAGAUUAUUUUGAUCACGAGGAGUAUAUGAUACAAGCAAUGGCCCUACAUAGACAACAACAUGCAGUCGAGGGAGCAUCUGCUUCACGUCGUCGUAAUUCUCAACCUCGUAUGUUCAUCCGACGUAAUCCAUUGGAAGGUCAUGAGCGCCUUUGGAAUGAUUACUUUGCUGAGCCGUCAAUAUAUCCGCCAAACGUAUUUAGGAGGAGGUUUCGAAUGCAUCGUAAUCUUUUUUUACGCAUACAUUCUGCAGUUGAAGCUCACGAUGAUUAUUUUGUCCAAAAAAGAGACGCUAGUGGGAGACUUGGAUUGUCCUCCCUUCAAAAGAUAACUGCAGCAAUUAGGAUGCUUGCAUAUGGGGUUACGGCAGAUCUUAUGGACGAGUAUGUAAGAAUUGGAGAAAGCACCGCACGGUUGAGUAUGAAGAAAUUUGUAAAGGCGAUCGUGUCAAUUUUUGGGGGUGAGUACUUGAGGUCUCCAACCAAUAGUGAUAUAGCGAGGUUACUAGAAGUCGGACAAAACCGUGGGUUUCCAGGAAUGUUGGGUAGCAUUGAUUGCAUGCACUGGAAAUGGAAGAACUGUCCUAGUGCUUGGAAAGGUAUGUACUCUGGUCACGUAAAUGAACCAACUAUUAUUUUGGAGGCUGUUGCAUCUUAUGAUCUUUGGAUAUGGCAUGCUUUUUUUGGUUUGCCUGGGUCUCAUAAUGACAUCAAUGUACUCGAUCGAUCUUCUGUUUUUGCCACGUUGGCCGAAGGUCAUGCUCCUCCGUGCAACUACACAAUCAAUGGUCACGAAUACACAAUGGGAUAUUAUCUUGCUGAUGGUAUAUAUCCUUCAUGGGCAACAUUAGUGAAGACAAUUCCUGCUCCACAUGGAAAAAAGAAAAAACAUUUUGCUACUUGUCAGGAGUCUGCAAGGAAAGAUGUGGAGCGAGCCUUCGGAGUACUCCAAGCUAGAUUUGCAAUUGUGCGUGGACCUGCUAGGUAUUUUCAGCCCCGAGUUCUAAAAGACAUUAUGUACACAUGCAUUAUCUUGCACAAUAUGAUCGUUGAAGAUGAGCGUCAUCAAUAUCUCGGGGCUGACCAGUUUAUUUACGAAUCCAAUGAUGAUACUCCACAUGAGCCAAUUUCACGCGAUAAUAUACCUGAAUUCAUGGAAUUCAUUGCGCAACAUCAUCGAAUCAGAGAUAGAGGCACUCAUUCUCAACUCCAAGCUGACCUUAUCGAGCAUUUAUGGAAUUUGCAUGGCCGCUCAUAA